GAGCUUUGUGGGGACUCAAAGGGGAACUGUGGCCACCAGCAGGCCAUCCCCUCCGGUGAACCAGAGAGGAAGAGGGGAACGCUGACCAGGAAGCCCCGAUGGAGAGGCGGCCUCCGUGGUGGUGGCGGGCCCCGCCGGACCCGGGCUCGGGCCCCUGGCUCCUGGGUUUGCUCCUGUUUCCCUGGACCCUGCAGCUCGCAGGAGGACAGUCGGUGACCCACGUUGGUGCCCCUAUUGUGGUCUCUCUGGCCAACAAGUCCGUUUCCUUCAGCUGCAAAAUCUCCCACACCCCUGAACUGAAGAACUUCACAGCUUGGUACUUCCAUGUGGACCUCCAGAGCCAGAGGAGCUCUGAGAAGCGCAUUACCUGCUCACCUGACCCGGUCAGAGAGAACCAGAUGCACAGCGUGACGUGCCGGGUCACCCCCAAGCUGCCCGACGCGUCAGCCACCGGCACCUACUAUUGCUCCUCGCAUUGGUCCAACUUGAUAAGAAUCAGCAGCGGCGUCUUCAUCCUGGUCAGAGACACAGGGUACCAAGAACCCCCACAAGGCUCCCAGAAGCUCCUGUUACUGUGUUUCACGGGCCUCCUGACUGCGCUGAGCAUCUUGGUCACCGCUCUGCUCCUCUGGAAGAAGAGACAGAUGCGGGCUCCCCGGAAGGGCCUGGACCCCAGCACUGCCCACCGCCAGGAGCAGCCUCCGACCGAGUCCAUCUACACGACUCUACAGGGCAGAGACAGUGAAGUGUACUCCUGCAUCCGGAACGUGCCCAGCAGCCUGCCUCAACCACAGCCUUGUCUCCCAGGAGAAAAUGCACGGAUUUACGGAUGACAGCAACUUUAACCUGGUCUAUGAAAAUUUCUAGGAUGUAGCACCACGGGCCCUUCGGUCUCACCCCGGACCAGAUGCCCACAGCAGCCCCCCCUUCCACAGGACUUGUCCUGUACCAGGACUGAGGCCCCUGGGGCACCCCAUCACCUUGCCCCCACAUUCAAGGCGCUUCCGGUCCUCCUGUGUCCCAGCCAGACGCACUGAGCGUUUCACAUCUGGCCUUUGCCCAGGCUGUCCCCGCUGGUAGCGGGCCCUUCCUCCAUCGUCACGGGCUCUCUUCGACACAGCCCUUCCCCAAGCCGUCCCCGCCCUUUUCAAGAUCCAUGGGCUCUGGGAGCCCGCGGGGCCGGCUGUGGGCUCCUCGGGAAGUUCCCGGCAAGGGACCCCCGUCAGCUCUGUGAGCAGAGCAUCCCUGGGGAAGAAUAAAGGAACAGCUGCACAGAU